CUUGACGAGCGCGAGUCGCCGCCGAAGCAAGACUCUGGUUUUAUCGAAACGCUCCAAAAAACAAACGCGUUAAUAAAAUAUUCAGUUCACAAAUUAUUUGAAACGUCGCUCUGAACAAUGCUGAGCCAAUCAAUGUUGGCAGUGAUUUUCCGAGCACUAGUUUCUUAUAUGUAACGAGAAUUGUUCAAAUUUUCUUUAUAAAUUCUAAUUAAACAAAAAAACAAUAUGGACGCCGCUUACCUUCCGCCCGCCAAGUCUCAAUCCCAAAAUGGAGACGUUGAAAUGACAGAUGUGAAACCGAAAAAUGAACAAAUCGUCCUCGAUCAGUUGGAGUAUGAGCCGUCUGGUUGCUUGGAGACCUCGCUUGCCAGGGUUGGCAGUUCCACGGAGGUGUUCCUCAAAAGAAACGGACCAUCUAUUAAGAUCAUAAGCCUUUUCGUGCUGAACGGCUUGGUGAUCGGGUUCUUCUUCGGAUGCUUAUAUUAUCAUUUGUAUCAUAAUAACCAACCGUUGAUGCUGUGCGAAGGCUUCGGUAGCUUGAUAGCCUUGCUGUCAAUAGUCUACUUCUUUGUCAUAUAUUACUUGGUGGUCAAGAGGUACUUCGGGGACUGGUUCGAAGCUAACGUCUGGAAUAAAGCCGAACGUGUGGCUUUAAAGCUCUGGGAAUAUGCUUUGUUCCGCUGGUCUUUCUGCUUGCUGGUGCUCGGUGGAAUCCUGGUCUUCUUGGUCUUAGACGCGACAGACACACCCGAACGGCUUAUAUCCUUGCUCGGACUGUUUCUACUCAUGGGAUUAGGGUUUAUAUUCUCUUCGCAUCCCGGCCGAGUGAAAUGGCGCACCGUCUUAUCCGGGCUCCUGUUGCAGUUCGUGUUUGGCCUGGUCUUCAUCAGGUGGGACCAUGGAAGGCUUGCUCUCCACUGCAUUUCCGAUAAGGUGGCGACAUUCCUGCUAUACGGCCAGGAAGGUGCCGCCUUCGCGUUUGGCAAUCUGCUGGUCAGAGAAGAAGGAGUGUUUGCUUUUAGCUCUCUGCCAGUGAUCUUCUUCUUCAGCAUGUUAGUGGAGAUAUUGUUCUUUUGGGGCGCCCUGCAGGCGUUCUGUCUGACCCUGGGGAGGGUGUUGCGAGCCGCCACCAGCACCACGGUGGUCGAGAGUGUUAUCGCCAUUGGAAAUGUCUUUCUUGGAAUGACCGAAUCAGUCCUGCUGGUGAAACCGUAUCUAGCUUUGCUGACGCCUUCGGAGAUGCACGUCGUGAUGGCUUCGGGUUUCGCCACCGUAUCGGGCACAAUCUUGGCGACGUAUAUUAAUUUCGGGGCCAAAGCGACGCAUCUCGUCACGGCUAGCGUGAUGUCCGCCCCGGCCGCGGUGUGCUACGCGAAGCUGUUGAUGCCGGAGACAAAAAGAUCGCUCACGACCGUCGAUAAUAUACAGCCGGUCGUCAGCGAGGAUCAAUCCGUUUUGUCGGCUGCGACCCGCGGCGCCACGAAUGGUAUCGCACUGAUUCUGAACAUAAUAGCCAAUAUUGUGGCGUUUGUCGCUUUUGUGGCCUUCGUAAAUGGUGUGUUCGGGUAUUGCGGCGGUCUACUGGGCUUUCCGGAGCUCAACUUGGAGUGGGUCAUGGGCAAAGUCUUCAUUCCGCUCUGCUACGUCAUGGGUGUACCUUGGGAGGAGUGCGAGCUGGUCGGGUCGUUAAUCGGCCUGAAGACCAUUGUGAAUGAGUUCGUUGCGUAUCAGAGGAUGGGGGAGAUGCUGAAGGAUGGUCUCCUAUCGCCUCGAGCUGAGCUGAUAGCGACGUAUGCUCUAUGCGGCUUCACCAACCCAGGGUCAGCGGGGAUCAUGAUCGGAGCCAUAGCAGCCAUGGCGCCAAACCAGCGGGAGACAUUGUCCAGUAUCGCGUUGAGGGCUUUCUUCGCUGGUUGCGGGAUAUGCUUCAUGACCGCUUGUAUAGCUGCGCUACUCAUGCCGGACGGAGCAUUUAUUUGAUAUUAAGAGAAAUACUAGAAGAAAGAAGCAUAAGAGAAGAAGAAAAGUAGAGUUCGUUUGAUGACGUUUAUUUAUAAGGCUGGACGCCUAUUGUAUCCGUUGCAUACGCGUUUAAAGGAGAUAAAAGAUGCGUCUAAUUUCUGGUGAAUUUCAUGUCAAUAUCUUUUUUUUAUUUUGAUUUUAUUGCUUAAAUGGGUGGUCGAGCUA